CUGUGGGCACGGUGCAGGGACAGCAGUGAAGGUGGCACUCAGCAGCUGCUGGACUCUUGCGUUAAAAUGCCUGGGCUGGCAGAGCUGAAGGGGCCAGCGAGCUCCAGCGGUGCCGCGGUUGGUGGCUCCGUUAGUCUCGUAGUGGUCACACAGCAUUGCUCUCGGAAAGCGUAAGCCCUGUGCUGGGCUGCCAGGGCCCUGGGGCUCGUAGGAUGAUGCUGAGCCACACGUGGGUUCCUUGGGGUCACCAGGUCAGAGCAGGGUGCAAGGUCCCGGGUCUGCACAGCCAGCCUGCAGUGCUGGUGGCCACAAGGAUAAAACCUCCUGCUGUUGGCUUUGCGGGGAUGUCCUGGCUGGUGUCUUGUCAUGCGAAGCGUCACUCCUGGUCCUGGCCCGAUCCCUUUGCUUCUGCCUUCUGUCCCCAGGCGGUCCCUGCAAAGGGGGCUGUGGGUGCUGGGUGCUAAGCCUGGGUGCUGGCAGCAUCUCGUCACUGCAGAGGGCACUGGUGAGCCGGGCGAGGGCUGCCAGCCCGGGGAGCGCGCAAGCGGCUGAGACACUGUUGGCAAGGAAGGAAGAAAAAUAAAGCCUGACCCAAGAGAAAGGGCACGAACCACGAGAGCCAAAUCACGUGUGGUGGGACGUCUCCCACAGCCUUGCAGCGCAGUGGCAGAGGACGGGGCCUGUCCCCCGGCGGGAGGGAGCCUGCGAGCUGGGCAGACCUCGACGAUGCUUCCAGCGAACGCACGGAGUCUGGCGUGGGAUUGCUGAGCUGAAGGCGGUUGUGUUUAACAGAGCACGGUGGGCACAGGGACGGCACCACCGCCUUUGCUCUAGCGGGUUCCUGUGGCGGCAGGGGCCAGAUGAGGAACCGCGUGGCCCAAGGUUCCAGCUGCCUGUCGUGUUUGCAGGUGUCAGAACAGCUCCAGCACACCCGUCCUCCCAACAUCACACCCAGCAUGGCAGCAUAGAGCUGGGGACAGAUGGGUGGGCUGCGGCGGGAUGAGCCCUGCCCUGAGCCUGCUUCUGUCCCUGGCCAGUUGCACCCUGCUCCGGGGCAUGCUGUUGCCUCCACGGAACGUGAAGCUGGAGGCACAAAACUUCCACAUCCAUCUGCGGUGGGAACCGGACCCUAGCUCUCCCGGCGGUGCCACGUACCAGGUGGAGUGGAGGAGACGAACCCCUCGCUGGACCAAGGCAGAUACCUGCUGGGGGAACAGCACUGGCUCCUCCUGGACAUGUGAGCUCUAUUUCGACGAGAUCCAUGAUAUCUACUGGGCAAGGGUGAGAGCAGCUGCCAGAGGCGAGCUGUCCAAGUGGGCCUAUUCCAGCGAGCUGCAGCCAUACAGAGACACAAUUGUGGGCCCCCCCAAGUUGUCCUGGCUGCUCCAGGAUCACAUCCUCAGCAUAAAUAUCAUCAUGCCGCUCACUCCGUACCGAAGCAAAAACGGCUCUUACAAGCCAGUUGAUCAAGUGCUGCUGAAGCUGUGGUACUGGCUGAGUCUGUACGAAGGGGAUGUGCUCGUCCAGCAAGUGCCCUGCAAGCAGAGUGAGGAGGAAGCACCAUGCACCUUCAGGUUCCUCAAGCCCAGCACGCAGUACUGCAUCCGGACGGUGGCUGCGAACAUGGCCAGGGAGCAGAGCCGGGAGGCCGAACAGUGCGUGGUGACACCGGCAGGCCCCGCAGGAUUUCCCUGGGUCCUCCUUGCUGUGCUGAGUGGCGUCUUCCUGCUGCUGAGCAUGGCCGGGCUCUGCUUCGUCCAGCUGCACAUCUUCCCCAGUCCCUCGGAGACACACCUCCCGAGAACGCUUCAGGCUCUCCUGAACAGGGAGCUGAGUGUGACCAUCAGGGUGCCCACCCUUGAGCUCGAGGAGGACUCACUCGCCCUGCUCCUGCCGACCAUGCUCCCCUCCCGUGGGUCGCCUGCAGCUGAGCAGACAACACCCACAGUCCAGCUGCUCCUUGGGGAAAGUCUUUCCCAGGACAUGAGUGGCUACUGUGCCAAUGGGUUUGGGCCAGACUGCCACCAGGGAAAGGACCCAUCCUGCACCAACAGCCAGCUGGGGCAUGCCUUUGGCUCCUGGGUCUCGUUGCGGCUGGAAGAGGGUGGGGAAGCGCGUGAUGGGGAUGAAAUGUUGGAGCAGCCAACGCUGGUGGGACCGACCAGAGGCAGCUGCACAGGUGACAGGGACUACCGGACAUCCAAGAUGUGGCUCUCCGUGCACCUCCAGCCUUACUCUAAAUGCCAGUGCCCAGCCCUGGGAGCAGGCCCCUGCCCUCCUCUGCCCACACCGAGCAGGAGCUCCAGCCAGGAGGACCUGUGGGAGAGCAUGGCAGGGCACUGGGUACCACUCAGCUCCAUCAAGCUGCCAGCCAGCGAGGAGGAGGGUGGAGGGCAGCUCGUCCAUGCUCUGCAGCCCCUGCCUGGCCAUGGGACUGAGGCACAGCUGGGUGACAGCACCAUGCAGCAGGACAACUUGGAGCAGACAGCACUGGGAGUCCCCCUCCCCAGCCCCUGCCAGUUGCCCCAAGUGCCCCCCAACAUCCUACGGGCAGCUGCCUUCUCCGGCUACGAGCUGCGUCCCCCAGCUGCCGGUGAGCCAUAGCAGCAGGCGGGGGCACGCCGGGAGCUCCCACCACCCGGGUCACAGCAUCAAGCAGAGCUCCAGGUGCUGCCCCGAGCUGCCCCGACCGCGAUGCCUGCCUGCUCAGACCUGCCGGUGCCUUGCUGGGGACAGGACCGGGGCAGGCACAGGCACAGGCACGCUCUGGGCACGGCUGCCAUGGGUGGGGAGAUCAGUAUCUUCAGAGCUUUCCUCUGUGGUUUUGGUGCUCUUGAACCAACACAUAAGGAAUACAUACCAAAGUCGAAGCCCCAUCACUUCUGUCUAUUUAUCCACCUACAUUUGUGUGUGUGUACAGUAUACAUACUAAUGCAAAUUUAUGUAUAUACUCAUACAUAUAUGUAAACCUCUUUAGUAAAAGAGGAGGGUCUGGGUUUUUUUUGCUUGUCUGGAAAUACUGAUUGUGCACUGGAGCUAUUUCUAAAAUAACGCUAAUUUAUUGUGGAAAA